AAAUGAUUCUAAUUUUAGUAAAGCUACUAAUUUUAGAGACAAGAUUUUACAUGGUCCAAUAUAUGGAACAAGACAGCAACAUGAUUAUAUUAUCGAUACGUAUUUCAAAUAUUUAACUAAACUUGAAAAAAGACUUAAAGAAUCAAAUAAUAAAGAAGAAAGUGAUGAUGAAGAGAAAAAUGCUAAGAAGAGAAAAU